AUGUCCACCGAUGAAGUCAGGCCAACAGAGAGUCCGCAACCCGAACCAUUGCGCAAUGAUGGUGAUAAUCUCAUCCACAUCGAUAUCGACGCGCUAGACGAUGUCGAAACCAUUCAGAAGAUUCAUGAGGUUCAGGAACAGGACGAUAGCAGAGCCGAAAAGAUACGUCAAGCACGCCCGGAACCAUCAAUCGAACGUCCUGCAGCCGACAACGCCAUCAUCGAGCAAGUCAUAGUGGAGAAUUUCAUGAACCACGCCCGACUCAAGAUCACACUCGGUCCUUUCAUCAACUUCAUCGUUGGGCGCAAUGGCAGUGGGAAGAGCGCAGUGUUGGCCGCCAUAAGUCUAUGCCUGGGUGGCAAGUCAAAAGAGCGCGCCUCAAGUAUACGGGGUUACAUCAAGCAGGGCGAAGAAUCUGGCAUGGUCAGCGUCAAGCUCAAGAACCAAGGGUCAUCUGCAUACCAGCCUGAGCAAUACGGCGACUCCAUAAUCGUCGAGCGACACAUUUCCAAGUCGAGUGGCAGUAGCUACAAGAUCAAAAACGCCAUGGGGAAAAUCGUUACUACCAGGGCGUCGGAUUUGGCGGAUAUCAUGGACUCCUUUGCUAUGCAGAUUGACAACCCCAUUACCAUCUUGUCCCAAGACGCGGCGAAGUCGUUCCUCGUCACCUCUACGCCCUUCGAGAAAUACCAAUUCUUCCUCAAAGGAACUCAGCUGGAGCAAUUGGCCAAGGACUACAGACUGCUGGAAGACACUCUGGACGCGCUCGAAGCUCAGAAGACGAAGAGCGAAGCUAGUCUUCGUGCCGCGGAAUCGCGGAAGACUGCCGCUAAGAAGAGAUUGGAUGCUUCUGCCUCACAGGAGGUUCUCAGGGAACAGAUCGAAAAGGUUCGGAAACAAACAGCAUGGAGACUGGUCACCGAUGAAGAAGAAAGCCGAGAUAGACUGGUACAGGAGUUAACCCUGGCCGAGAGCAUGGUCCAGCAACAACAGGCUACCCUAGCUGACGUCGAGACAAGGUAUUCAGAGUUACAAGUCCAACUCGAAAAGGCAUGCGAACAUGCCAAUGAAGCAGAGGCAGCAGUUGGGCCGAUCAAAGCCGACCUUGACACGAAGAAGAGUGAAAUCGACUCCCUUGCCGCCGACAUGCAAAGUGCCUUGGAAGAUGAGCGCAACAUGCAGGGAGAGAUUCAGUCGAAGAGGAAUGAAAUCUCCCAGAACCAGAAUAAGAAGGAUGAGGCAUUGAAACGGCAGUCAGCCGCCGAUGAUGGUUCAUUGGCUCGAAUACACGACGAAAUUAGCGAAGCCAAGAGUAGGCUCGAAGAAGCCACCCAGAGACUAGAUGUGCACACCGCGAGAUUUCCAGUAGUCGAGCGAGAACAAAAAGAAGCACAACAUCAACUUGAUGACUCAAAGUCUAAGCUGGACGCUAGCAGGGCGGACAUGCAGCGAGCGCAACAAAUGCUGGACGAGCACACUAACAAACAAAGCAACUGGAUGGGCGGGUAUCGCAGAGAAUUAUCCAGUGUACUCCGUGCCAUCGAAGCCGAACGUCGCUUCAAGACUGCUCCCAUUGGGCCCAUGGGAAGACAUAUACAACUGCUGAAACCUGAAUGGUCUUCCGUGCUUGAGUCGUCCUUUGGGAUGCUCCUGAAUGCGUUCGUAGUGUCAGACAAGAAUGAUCAAAGCCUCCUACACCAGAUAUUCAAGAAAGCACGCUAUCAUGCUCCAAUUUACAUAAACAAUGGUGAACGGAUAAACGUUGACCAAGAGCCCGAUCCGCAACAGCUCACCUGGCUCCGCGCUCUAAAAAUUACUAACGAAAAAGUCCGCAACGUUUGCAUUAUCGUGCAGUCUAUAGACCAGAUAGCGCUCAUCCCAAGCCGUGCCGUGGCCUCUGACUUUGUGAAUUCCCAUCCUAGAAACGUCAAGGCAUGUCUCGCAAUGCAUGAGACAAAAAAGGGCUCCGGACACAGGCUCAUCGCAUCCGCGACCGGAGGCCGGGCCAUGAAUAACAUUCAAGCAUACCCAGGUCACCCACGAAUGCAAUCGGAUGCCGGCACUCAACUCACCAUCUACCGUGACAACCUUGAGCACACCAAACAUGAAUAUCAAGUCAUGCAACGGAAAGUGAAAGAAUUAGAGGCAGUGUUGCGCCAGAGAAGAGACGUCCUGGUCAGUUUCAACAAAGAGACCCGAAACCUUCGUGUUGCCAAGGAAAAGGCUGCAGACGACAUUGAGAUAUUGAAGGAACAGCUUGAAGAUGCCACCCCUCAGGCCGCUGGCGAACUUGCAGUUUUCGACAGGCAGAUCAGCCUGGCUCAGACAGCUUUGUCUGUUGCUGAAGACUCACUCAGGGCGUCCAGACAGGAGAGAACGAAUAGUCAUCAGGCUCAGACUGCAUUGAAGACAGCAUGGGAGGAGAUCAAACAAAGACUCAAAAAGUACGAGCGCCAGGCGGCAAGGGCAAAAUCCACACGGGAUGAAAUAGAAAAGGCUCGGCAGACGAUGCUGUAUGAGAAGAGCCAGGCCGUUGCCGCCGUCCAGAAUGCCGUAGCUGAGCAAGGUAGAGCCGAACGAGACGUCAAGUCCCAGGAAGCCAGAAUCGCCGAAGCUGAGGAGUUGGCUACGGAUGCAGCUGGUCCCCGUGUACAGGUCGACUUGAACGAUACAUCAAAGCAACUCGAAAGCCGUUAUUUGCGACUCCAGCGCGAGCUCCAAACGAAUAUAGCUUCAACGGGUGCUACUCACCAGGAACUUUGCCAGCUUGCGGCUGAGGCUACGGCAGAUCGCAAUGAAAUUGCCCGUAAUGUGAAUGUUAUUAAGAAACAGGCCGACGCCCUGAAACACUCCAUGGCCGAUAGACUGGCCCGUUGGCAGAAGUUCCGAAGAUACAUAUCAUCAAGGGCUCGCAUCAUGUUCACAUACCUGCUCCAACAGCGCCGUUUUAGGGGUCACCUGAAGAUCGACCCGCACAAAAAACAACUCGACAUCUCCGUCGAGCCCGAUGCAACCAAAGAGGGCGAAACAGGGAGACAGUCGAAGACAUUGUCCGGUGGGGAGAAGUCAUUCUCGACCAUCUGCCUGUUGUUGGCUCUCUGGGAUGCCAUGGGCUCCCCUCUUCGAUGUCUAGAUGAGUAUGACGUGUUCAUGGACAACAAGAUACGAUCCGAAAGCACGAAGAUGAUGAUCCAAGCCGCGCGGCAGUCUGUCAGUCGCCAGUUCAUUCUGAUCACGCCGCAUGGUGUGAGUGAUGGGCAUACGGAGAAGGAUAUUAAUGUGUUUAGGAUGCCAGAUCCAGAGCGUGGACAGCAGACCUUGCCUUUCAGCGUAUCGUGA